CGGAGGGUGGUUUUUUCUCCGUUGGCAUCCACAGCAGCAUUUUCUGUCGUGAUUUUCCCCGUGAAAAAUCACAGACCAUGGACGUGGCACCGCUGAAGCUCGGUGCCGAGGAUACGCGCAGGAAGCCACGGACCAGCUCGAUGGGUCGCUCUGCGGCUCUGGAGCAAGCGUACGUCCACGAUGUGUAUGAGAUCUGCAACGAAGUCGUGAGUCCUCUGCGUCCGCGCGUGACUCAGUUCCUCACAUCCCUGGAGCCGGGAUCGCUGGUGUGCGACGUGGGAUGCGGCAACGGGCGCUACCUGACGCCCACGAACUCCUUCAUUUACUCCAUCGGCAUCGAUCGCUGCCACAGGCUCUCGCAGGCGGCCAGGAGUCGCGGCAACGAGGUGGCGCUGUGCGACAACCUGGAGCUGCCCUUCCGCAGCGAGUCCUUCGACGCCGUCCUGUCGCUGGCCGUGGUGCACCACUUCGCCACGAAAGACAGGCGCGUGGAGGCCAUCCGGGAGAUCGCCAGGGUGUUGCGCAUCGGCGGCAGGGCGAUCAUCACCGUGUGGGCGCUGGAGCAGCGCAACAGGCGCUUCGAGUCGCAGGACAUCCUUAUUCCCUGGCAAUUGUCCAGCGCCGCGUCGGCGUCGGACGAUGACGAGGACGAGGACUUCCUGCCACCGUACAGCGCCUACUCCGAGGACUCUGCCACCAACUCCAGCCGCUCCGCGGGCGACGGCGACAGCUCCAGCCUCUCCUCGUCUUCCCCAGUUGAGUCCUGCUGCAUCUUCAUGCGACGUGCCAUCCAGAAACUCGCGAGCGGGAAGAAGCACUCAUGGUUCUUAGAUAGUAUUAAUGCCAAGGACAAUAAGCUGGCCACGGGCUGGGACGUGGAGGAUGCCAAGAAUCUGCCAAUUGAGCUUCGUCGUCUGGAGGACUUUGACGACAUCGCCGAGCCGCCGCCGUUCCGCCUCGAUCCACUCGCGGGUGUUUUGCCGUCGCCUGCGGCUGAGCCGCCGCCGCCACAACUACCAGUGCAGCGUAUACUGAAGAAACAGGCCAGCCUCAAUGAGGACCUGAUGGCGGAGAGCCGCCAGAGGGAUCGCGACGGCGUUCGGAAGCGCAUUCAGAAGCAAGCCUCACUCAACGAGUCCUUCCUGUGUCGUUCCCUGUCGAAGAGACUCCAGCUGCUGGGCCAUGGCCUGGGUGGCGCGCUCAAGAGCUCAACGGAGGGCCUCGAGAGAGCCACCAAGACGAGCCUAGGGAGGAUUAUCAAAACAAUGGCCAAUGGGCGACAUGAAUUGUCACGCUGUCAGACACCCUCGGAAGACGCCGAUGCCCCUCCAGUGACACCCAAUCAGCAUCCCGGAGACACUUCCGAGCAGCCCCCGGCGAGACACACGCACGAGAGUGGGUCUGAUUCCUCGAAGGAAAACAGUCUGCAGAGCGACACGAGUGUGGAAUCCGAAGACAGUUUCGCCUCUGUGAUCUUCGUGCCGAAUGCUGAGCAGAAAGUUGAGCCGUCGCCGCCACCGACGCAGUCUCCGGCUCCCAAGUUCGAUGCCUUUGCUCUACCGGAAGCGAAUUUAUCGCCCAAGGCGCCGCCACAGCGUCCGCUGCCGAGUCCUGCGCCCACGCGGAAGCCACCCAUGCCGUUCAUCUGCGAGGAGAGGCGUCCCAGCGUUCCAUCGGACGACGAGGAGUGUCGCCGGCUCAUCGAUCGAGUACUGGUCAGGGGAAAAAUGGACGCAAGAGCGCGGAUGAAAGCUUACUUCAGCUCCAGGACGACUAGUUUGGACAUUUAUCACCCGGAGACGGAUGAUCUGGAGAGCGACUCCACAGAGCCCUCCUCUCCCGAUUCGGUGGACAGUGUGGUGAGCGCUCUGAAGCUGGAGGAGGCGGUGUGCAAUCCGGUGAAAGUGACGCCUGAGGAGAAAGCAACGGAGAAGAAGGUGGACGUGAAGCUGGAAGAGCCAGAGAAGCCGGAAAAGCCAGAGAUGAGCGAUGAAAUGGUGUGCAGACAAUUUCUGGAAGACUACGCGGAUCGACUUAGCACGAAGUUGAUUGAGGAUGUGAAUGGGAAGCUGGCAGCUCAGAAUUUCACCUUGGAAGCGGAAACUGUGACUGAAGAAGCCCGAAAAUCACCGCCAGCAGCACGACUUUCGCCGCGAGAAUUCACGCUGGCGCUCAAUACAGGUCUCAAUGGUGCGUGUGGACCACAAAACUCGGAAUCUGUGAUGAAGAGCGAGAAAAUGAGCGCAAAGCGGCCGCCGAAAGCGUGCAGCGGCGCCAAAGCGAAGACGACGAGUCAGAAGAGUAGCUUUUCGCUGGACUUCCGGGCUGAGGUGGAGGCGAAGGCACGUGAGUCCGACACGGCGUCCGUGGGCGGAUCUGCCACACACCAUCGCUACUAUCACGUGUUCCGCGAGGGCGAGCUGGAGGCGCUCAUCAACCAUCACGUGGCCAGUCUGCACAUCGUCUCAUCCUACUACGAGCGCGCCUCGUGGUGCGUCGUGGCCGAGAAGGUGCAGGUGUGGACCAUUUAAGGGGCAGAUGCAGCAACGAAAGAAAGUACAGAAAUCUACAGGAAGCGCAUUUAAUUGAAACCAAUCGAAAGUAUAUAUACAGUAUAUAAUGUAAAGGGCUGAAAUAUUGUGUAAAUGGAAAACUUAACAUGAAAUACUCAUACUGAACAACUAUUAGACGAUGUGAGGCGAUAAACGAACUAGUUUUAAGGGCGUGUGAGCACAUUUCUAGCAACAAGGAAAUUCCGUUUCACUCCUGCGACCAAAAGACGUGUCAAUUUUUCUUUUUCGUGUUGAACGUCCGGAGAUAUUGAGGCAUAUCAAGUGGCGCACAAUCGCUGCCAGAGAGAGAGAGAGAGAGAGAGAGAGGCUCGACAGGUGGGAUGAAAGGACUGAGGGUGAAUCCCUCGAGCAGCUAACACUAAUCGAAUGAUGAUUAUAUAAGAGGAGAAAAAAACACACAGAGUAAAUUACUAAGUAUUAAUGGGAAGAGCGGCGGGCGCUGUAGAGGUGCGAAUUCGAGGUGAUUCUUCAAAUGUUAGCAACAGAAUAUUUCAUGCUGAAAAUGAUACUCUUUAAGCCGUCAUUAUAGUGAUUAAUUUGCCCGUGAGAUGUUUUCGCGGUGUUGCGGAGAGGCGAUAGAGAAACAUAAACAUUAACACUUUUGUGGGGGAGAAAAAUUCACUGAGGAUGGAGAAUAGAUAACCAACUCUGUAUACCUUAGAAAGGCUCUAUAAAACUCCUCUUUUUUAAACAACAGACAAUUAAUAAAUAUUUGAGAAAUAACAAA